CUCUCUCUCUCCGGUCCCUGGAGUUAACUUCCCAGGGAUUGGUAUUUUUGUUUUUCCUUUUUUUCCCCCCUCUUCAUGUUCUGGAACCACCGAACCCUUGCUCGAUCGGGCUGAUGUUUUUUAUGGAGUGGUUUUCCUCAGAAAGCAGAGGCUCCACAGGGCUCCGAACAGGAGAAGUAAAUCUCUCCUGCUCGCCAAGUUGCUGGCACAGUGGGAAAGUGCUUUCAUGAGGUAACGUUGGGCAGGAGUCAACCUCUCCUUUCUUCCCUCGGCGAAGCAAUGGGCCAGAAAAUCUCAGGGAGCAUUAAAUCCGUGGAUGUGCGCGAGCCCCCUUUCCGAUCGGUGAAGCGGGAACUGAGGGGGCCCGACUUCUGCAAGCCCGCGAGACUCGACAUGCUGCUGGACAUGCCCCAGGCCCGGCUGGAAAUCCAGUACAAGCACGCCUGGAACAACGAAGACCGGUCCUUGAAUAUCUUUGUCAAGGAAGAAGACAGGCUGACUUUUCACAGGCACCCCGUGGCCCAGAGCACAGAUUGUAUCCGCGGCAAAGUCGGCUACACCAGGGGCUUGCACGUGUGGCAGAUUCACUGGCCCACGCGGCAGCGGGGGACCCACGCCGUGGUGGGCGUGUCCACGGCCGAGGCGCCCUUGCACUCCGUGGGGUACACGUCUCUGGUCGGCAGCAACAGCGAGUCCUGGGGCUGGGAUCUGGGGCGCAACAAACUCUAUCACAACUGUAAAAACCAACCCGGGGUGACCUAUCCCGUCUUCUUGGAGCCGGACGAGUCGUUCGUGCUCCCGGAUUCCUUACUGGUCGUCUUGGAUAUGGACGAGGGGACGCUCAGUUUCAUAGUAGACGGGCAGUAUCUUGGAGUGGCCUUCAGGGGACUAAAAGGGAAAAAACUCUACCCGGUGGUGAGUGCAGUCUGGGGACACUGUGAGAUCACAAUGAGAUACAUCAAUGGACUUGAUCCGGAGCCUCUGCCCUUAAUGGACUUGUGCCGAAGAUCAAUUCGCUUUGCCCUUGGCAGAGAACGCCUGCAUGAAAUAGAAUCUCUACCCUUGCCUCAAUCUCUGAAAAAUUAUUUACAGUACCAGUAAGAAGCCUGAAAUC